AUGUUUCUUGGCAAAACAGGAAUUACCGUGGUACCUCCGCGAUCGACAGUCAGAGACCGUCUACCACCUACGGACAAUCACAACAUCCAUAGCAAGAGAAAAAUUUCUCCUGGGACGGGAUUCGAACCCGCACAGCGCACGACGACUGAUUAGGAGUCUACUACUGCGGCCACCGCUGCUGCCUAAUUCUAAUAGUAGCAAAAUCAAUGAGAAAAACCAUAGAUAAUUAUUUUAUUUAUCGAAUUAUUCUGGAGUAAAACAUCCCUGGAAUAUUGUGUGUGUAACGAUGUGUCCCAAUGAACAGCUUGGGCUGGUUUACUUGAGUCUAUGCCAGAGAGGAUGAGAGCUGUUAAUCAAGCC